GUCGCCCGCCCGGCCCGCGUAGGCCGGGCCCAGUCCGGCCCCGGGGCCGCCGCUGCCCGCGGGCGGGGGCGCCCGGGCGGCCGGGGCGAUGCGCGGUCCCUGGCCCCGGGAGGCGGCCGCCCUGGGGCCGUCGGGAUGGAGGUGAGAGGCCGGCGGUGAGGCGCGCCCGCGCGGCCCCCUGCGCUCUCGGCUGCCCGCAGCAGCGCUCCCGGCCCCCCGCCCCCGCAGCGGCCACCUCGGCGUCCCCGUGACCGCGGCCUCGGGGGGCAGGGGGGGCGGGGGCGGCCGGACCAGCGAUGCCGGCGGGCAUGACGAAGCAUGGCUCGCGCUCCACCAGCUCGCUGCCGCCCGAGCCCAUGGAGAUCGUGCGCAGCAAGGCGUGCUCGCGCCGCGUGCGCCUCAACGUGGGCGGGCUGGCACACGAGGUGCUCUGGCGCACCCUGGACCGCCUGCCCCGCACGCGCCUGGGCAAGCUGCGCGACUGCAACACGCACGACUCCCUGCUCGAGGUGUGCGACGACUACAGCCUCGACGACAACGAGUACUUCUUCGACCGCCACCCGGGCGCCUUCACGUCCAUCCUCAACUUCUACCGCACCGGGCGCCUGCACAUGAUGGAGGAGAUGUGCGCGCUCAGCUUCAGCCAGGAGCUCGACUACUGGGGCAUCGACGAGAUCUACCUGGAGUCCUGCUGCCAGGCGCGCUACCACCAGAAGAAGGAGCAGAUGAACGAGGAGCUCAAGCGCGAGGCCGAGACGCUGCGGGAGCGCGAGGGCGAGGAGUUCGACAACACGUGCUGCGCCGAGAAGCGCAAGAAGCUCUGGGACCUCUUGGAGAAGCCCAACUCCUCGGUGGCCGCCAAGAUCCUGGCCAUCAUUUCCAUCAUGUUCAUCGUCCUCUCCACCAUCGCCCUGUCCCUGAACACGCUGCCCGAGCUGCAGAGCCUGGAUGAGUUUGGCCAGACCACAGACAACCCCCAGCUGGCCCACGUGGAGGCCGUGUGCAUCGCCUGGUUCACCAUGGAGUACCUGCUGCGCUUCCUCUCCUCCCCCAAGAAGUGGAAGUUCUUCAAGGGCCCCCUCAACGCCAUCGACCUGUUGGCCAUCUUGCCCUACUAUGUCACCAUCUUCCUCACGGAGUCCAACAAGAGCGUGCUGCAGUUCCAGAAUGUGCGCCGGGUGGUCCAGAUCUUCCGCAUCAUGCGGAUUCUCCGCAUCCUCAAGCUGGCGCGCCACUCCACCGGCCUCCAGUCCCUGGGCUUCACCCUGCGGAGAAGCUACAACGAGCUGGGCUUGCUCAUCCUCUUCCUCGCCAUGGGCAUCAUGAUCUUCUCCAGCCUCGUCUUCUUCGCCGAGAAGGAUGAGGACGACACCAAGUUCAAGAGCAUCCCGGCCUCCUUCUGGUGGGCCACCAUCACCAUGACCACGGUGGGCUACGGCGACAUCUACCCCAAGACGCUCCUCGGGAAGAUCGUGGGCGGGCUCUGCUGCAUCGCGGGGGUGCUGGUCAUCGCCCUCCCCAUCCCCAUCAUCGUCAACAACUUCUCCGAGUUCUACAAGGAGCAGAAGAGGCAGGAGAAAGCCAUCAAGCGGAGGGAGGCGCUGGAGAGAGCCAAGAGGAACGGGAGCAUCGUGUCCAUGAACAUGAAGGACGCCUUCGCCCGCAGCAUCGAGAUGAUGGACAUCGUGGUGGAGAAGAACGGAGACAACCUGGGUAAGAAGGACAAAGUGCAGGACAACCACCUCUCCCCCAGCAAGUGGAAAUGGACCAAGCGGGCGCUGUCGGAAACCAGCUCCAGCAAGUCCUUCGAGACCAAGGAGCAGGCGUCCCCGGAGAAGGUCCGGUCGUCGUCCAGUCCCCAGCACCUGAACGUCCAGCAGCUGGAGGACAUGUACAACAAGAUGGCCAAGACCCAGUCUCAGCCCAUCCUCAACACCAAGGAGCCGGCCUCGCAGAGCAAGCCCAAGGAGGAACUGGAAAUGGAGAGCAUGCCCAGCCCCGUGGCCCCGCUGCCCGCGCGCACGGACGGCGUCAUCGACAUGCGUAGCAUGUCCAGCAUCGACAGUUUCAUCAGCUGCGCCACCGACUUCCCCGACGCCACCAGGUUCUCCCACAGCCCCCUGACCUCCCUCUCCAGCAAGACCGGGGGCAGCCUGGCGCCCGAGGCGGGCUGGCGGGGCGCCCUGGGGGCCAGCGGGGGGAGGUUCGGGGAGGCCAACUCCACCCCCGAGUCCAGCCACCACUCCUCGUUCUUCAUCGACAGCCCCAAGAGCUCCAUCAAGACCAACAACCCCUUGAAGCUCCGCGCGCUCAAAGUCAACUUCCUGGAGGGCGAACCCAGCCCGCUGGUCCCCACGCUGGGGCUGUACCAGGACCCUCUCAGGAACCGGGGCGGCGCCGCGGCAGCCGUGGCUGGACUCGAGUGUGCCACGCUCUUGGACAGGCCUAUCCUGAGUCCAGAGUCUUCCGUCUACACCACGGCGAGUGCCCGGACCCCCCCGCGCUCGCCCGACAAGCAGGCCGCAAUAGCUUUCAACUUCGAAGCGGGCAUCCACCAGUACAUCGACGCGGACACGGAUGACGAGGCGCAAGUGCUUUACAGUGUGGGCUCCAGCCCUCCCCGGAGCCUUCCCGGGGGCACCAGCCCCAAGUUCAGCCUGGGGCCACGAACGGAGAAGAACUACUUUGAGAGCUCCCCCUUACCCAGCUCCCCUAAGUUCCUCCGGCAGAACUGUAUUUACUCGACGGAAGCAUUGACUGGAAAAGGCCCCGGUGGUCAGGAAAAGUGCAAACUCGAGAACCACCUGCCCCCGGAGGCGCGCGUGUUGCCCGGGGGAGGAGCCCAUGGGAGCACGCGGGAUCAGAACAUCUGAGCUAGCCCUUGGGGAGGCGAAGGCUCGUGGCCAGGUCCAAAGAGGAACACGCCAUUCAGCUGUCCUGCUGGGGAGCU